UACAGCCGUCGUAGUCGGACAUACCGGUGUGCUUACACUUAGGGUUUCUCGUUUGUUCGGUGAAUUCGUCGCGCGGGUUUAGUUCACAAGUUUUGUGUUAAACGAAAUUUCCUAUUUGUUUCGAGAGAGUUUUUUUUUAUAAAAAAAUCGAAUUUCCGUUUUUGUGCUAGUAAGACAUCACUUGAUCGGAACGUACAAACCAACGAUUUAUCAGCAAGCUACUGAUGACAUGUGGUUUUUACUCGGAUGAUUCCUAUUUGAUUGGUCGCGAGGCCGUGACUGGCAAUGCCGUAGCGACGCGGUACCGGAAUGACAAACAGCCCUGGGGCCUACCAUGCCGCCACCGCCGAAACCAAACGUAACACCGGCCACGCAGCUGCAAUUCCUCCUCGCCGCCAGGACGCUUCCUCUCACUACAUCAUGCCGGCCGACCCACACAGUUGUUGUGAACCAGCACCGACAGUUCUUUCCGGAGCAGGGAUUUGCCUGAUCGUAUUGGGUUACACUAUGUUUGGUGCUUUCACGUUCAUGACGUUGGAAAGCGGUCGAGAAAGCGUACAGCAAAUCCGACAUGGUCAACACCAGCACCAGCACCAGCAGCCGGCACCGCCAUCGCCUCAACAACCGCAACAGCAACAGCUGCAACACAAUAGAAUGGCGACGGUGGCCAACGAUAAACUCAGAGCGCAGACGGUGGAAAAACUGUGGAAGAUCACCGAGGACCUGAACAUACUGUACAGAGACAACUGGACCAGGUUGGCCGAACAGGAAAUUCUCAAGUUCCAGGACUCUUUGAUAAGAAAAUACGGCGGCCCUAACCAAUUGGACCGCAGGCACAGGUGGAACUUUGCGUCGUCCUUUUUGUACUCGUUGACUUUGAUAACGACAAUCGGGUACGGGAACGUGACGCCACAAACGCCUUGGGGCCGUGUUAUAACCAUAUUGUACGCUUUGGUUGGCAUACCUUUGAUGUUGCUCUACUUGUCCACCAUGGGCGAAACGUUGGCGAAAAACUUUAGGCGCGUCUAUUCCAGGAUGUGUUCGAUGCCGUCCCGGCGGGACGACCGCGAAGACGGCUGCGGGAGUAGCAGCAGCAGCGUUGGAGCCAACAUCGGCGGCAAACGUGCGCCGCCCAAUACGGUAUCGAACAACCACGUAGGCGUCGCAGGAGGAGGCGGUGGCGAUUUCGUCGACUAUUACCGAUACGACUUCGAGACGGUGUCGGGCGCUACCUCGCUGCCGCCCGUUUCGCCGACCUCGGCGGACGUCGGUUACAGUGGAGGCCAAAAACGGGUGCCCGUCCUAUUGUCGCUGUCCGUAGUAGGUCUAUACGUGGCUCUGGGCGCUUUUAUCUACCACAAGCUCGAACGGUGGACGCUGCUGGAAGGGUCGUAUUUUUGCUUCACAAGUUUGGGCACCAUCGGGUUCGGCGAGCUGGUUCCCGGUAGCGUCGAGGCCACCAAGGACGUGUCCGUGUUCGUGUCGUCCGGUUACAUACUAGUGGGUAUGGCCGUGGUGGCCAUGUGCUUUCAGCUACUACAAGACGAACUGGCGGCCAUCGCCCGGAACUGCAGUUGGUGGUGGUGGUGGAGCCGGAAAGAGUACGAGGACGCCGCCAACCAGUCAGUAAUGGCGGCCAGCCCGACGCGUAACUCCUGACAAACGGAUUUCGGGCCGGCGACGGUUGCGGACAGAUCGCCGCCGUCGCCGCCACCCGCUCAAAAGUUACCGCUGCCGCCGCCGGCAUUCGACGACCAUGACCGGCUUCGGGGGAGCGUCCGGAACGUGGCCGUUCCUCUGCCCCCGCCGCCGUUUCAACGGUCUUCGGCCGGCCGUUGUUCCGUGCAACCCAUGAGCCGGACGGUGGCCACCGCGGCUACCACUACCGAGUACUUCAUACCGCGCAGCGCUAGCGAACACAACUUGUGUUCUACCAUCGAACUAGAGAAGUUGCCGCCACUACCGCCGUCCGCGCUGCGCACAGGUUCGGCGGCACCUCCGCUCAAGCCGCCCUACGUCGUCCGAUCGCACCGCGACAAAAUGGUCACGUUUGAAGACGAAAAUCCAACGUUCAGAGAUCACCGUAGUAAGGUGUCCAGCAUCAAUGAUUUGGUCGUGUAAAUAAUUUCAGUAUUACCACAAAUUAUAACAACUUAAUGGAUAAACAAGUGCUCAUUUUAUAAUCGUUUCGUUAAGUAUAUAAGUAUUCUGCUAAUAGUUUGUACGUUUAAGAUAACCCCCAAAUGUAAAUUAAACGUAUGUUCUUGCGUCCACACAAAAAAAAUAUCAGUUAUUAUCAAUAAUAAACAGAUGGGUUUGUAAACAGAUAAAUUAUUAAUAGGGGUGGCCUGUAGUUCAAAGUGCACAAUUCACCUUUUGGUAAAAGUUAUGCUGUAUCCGAUUAACACUAUUGAACAAUAUUUUCCAAUAGUAACGGUGUAUGCUCUCAUAUAGGUAUACUCGUUAUAGGUAUAUUUAUGUACCAAUAAAUACUCAUAAUAUUGCAGUCAUUUUCAAAAGUUUAAAGUAUAACAUUUUGACAUUAACGUGUAUAAUAUCUACAGACGCAAAUAUUUAAUGUGUGUAUACUUUACUAUUUAUUCGAACUGAAAUAAACUAAAAACAAGCCAAACCUUAAAUAUUCGUUAGUUUUUGGUUUAAGUCUAAUUUGAUUUUUAUAAAGAUCUCGUUUUAAGUUAUUCUAGUAUACGCGAGAGUCCCUGGGGGUAUUUUAUAGCGUUAUGGUUUGUUAUCACACAAAACAACGCAAUAAUUAUUCUGCACGUGCUUAUAUAGGUACCUCCCUCCCCUUCUGCUUGUCUUAUAAUAUCAUGAUUUGCAUCAUUAAAACCCAAACGAGAUUUCGAAAACGAACAACCAUCAAAUAUUCAAAAAUAUUCAAGCCCGAAUUGAAGCUAAUGUUUUACAAAGGUCAGCAAAUAAUUAUAUUAUAGUAACAACGGAUAUCAGGUCGCCAACACAUCCAGUGACGGUCAUAUUAUACAAAAAAAUAAACUAGGUUAUUUUAUUGAUUUUGAAUUUGCACGGUGAAAUGUGAAGACAAAAUUAUAAAAUCGUGUAACACUAUUCCGAAUUCCAUAUACAGGGUGAUUUUUUUAUCGUGAGCCAGUCAAUGGGUUAAUCUCAAUGGGUUUAAUUAAUAAUUUAAUUAUUUUUUUUAUAGUAUUUUUAAAUAAUGUGAUCUCAAUUUUCCACAAAUAUCCGCAUUACUUUUCUACAUCUUCCCUAACUAAUUAUUUUUAUAUAAUUUUUUGUCACUUAAAUGGUAACGCUUACAUUUCAUUAUCGUUUUAAAUUGAGAAUAAUGUACUAAAAAUGUUGUCUGGUCAAUAACCAUUUUUGGAUAACUAUUUUUGAUGUUUUAAGCUUAGGGCAGGAAGAAAGGUGGAGUGAGUAUUAUAUUUUAUCUGUGCGCACUUCCCAUUCCGUCCUAACUUUUAAACUCUUAUAACUUAAAAAAUAGUCGUUUAAAACUGGGGAUCAACCAGUCAACAUUUUUUGUAAAAUUUCCUUAAUUUAAAAAGUUAAUAAAAUAUAUACGUUACCGUUAAAGUUUUAAAAGUUGAUAUAAAAAUAAUUGGUUUGGGAGGGGGUUAAAAACAUAAACAUUUGCGAGAUAUUAUGAGAUAUUGAGUGGCUCACGAUAACAAAAUCACCCUGUACAACGACAGAGUACACAAAUAAUCCAUCAAUGAACUUGAUUGGCCCCCCGCUUGACUGGUAUGCCUUAUUAAUUUUAAUUUCGACAACACUUUAGCUCUGGAUUCGUGUACCCCGCGAGUAUUACCUUUUUCUUUUUUUUUAACGAAGCCGUUUGAGAAUUGCUCUUCCGAGGUGACGAUGGUCGGACGUGCGGCAUAUUCGAAAUUCUUAGACGUCGCGUAGACUGUACAUACACCGAGUUUGAGUAGGGUACACGUCCCUAGCGGAUAUGAUAAGGAGAGAAAAAUAAUGGAUGGAUUUCGAAUCAAACGACAGCGGCCAGGUCCAUUAUCUAGUUGCAAGUCCCAUCGGAGUGACCACGGCAGAAUCAUCACGGGAAAUCGUGUGAAAUAAAAAAUGAAAUCAUCUUACCCGGCUGCCAGUGGAAAUCCUCUAGUCGUCCCUAAUGUUAUUGUGUGUCUGUUGCCGCGAGCGCACCACACCACACAGCCGUAGAUACCCAAACCGGAGCGAGCCCCGAGUAGCUUAAAUUGUGUUCUUGCUUAAGCCGUUUGACGUUGAUUUACAUUCGCCGUCUUAAGAGGGCCUUAUGAAUUAUAAAUGUGUUUUCGCGUCAACGAAUACUUGAUAACCCAGCGGAUAUCCCCCUACGGGCCAACGACGACGCCGGCGAAACGAUAAAAACGUUAAAAUAAUAUCUGUCAGCGUCGAGUGCAGCUGAAAUCCGCCAAUUAUCAUAUCCGCCGUCGCAUCCAUCAAACACCAAACAGCAAGACUUAAAACUUACAAGGCACCGCGCCAAAAAUCCCACGACAUUGUUUACGGCCGACACUCUUUUUCUUAAUUCGGUCCAAUCUCGUCUUGCCAAUAUUUUAAUAUGCAAGCGAAAAACGAAAAUCAUAUUCUGCUAAUUACACUGUCACCGUCUUGACAACAAUGUUAUCACUAGUAUCCACAAGGCUGGAACGUAGCGAGACCGGCGGUCGACCCAAAUUUGAUUUUGCCCAACCUAACGGGAACGCUCACUUAAAUGUCUUGAUUAGACAGAGCCCAAUACCGUCGACUAUGCCGGAUAGCUAAAUAAUUGAAAAUCAACACUUACAGACAAUUUUCUCGCCGUCGACCAGCAGUAUUUAUUCGUCGAUAUUGAGCUAUUUGUCAACCGGCAUUGUAAAUAAAUCCAUUAAUAUCCCUGUCGGCUCUCUCUCUCUUAUUGUCUGUCACUUUUCCUUUGUGCUCGGCCCUCUCACAUUCGUCUUCGCCUCGGCGACAACCCAUCGAUUAUCAGAAUGUAAUUUCGCGUUUAAAAAGAGGGGGGAAACAACAACAAGAAACAAAUAAAUCUUUAAAUUCCCUUCAGUCUAGUCGUCACUAAUCGUCUACUACUCCGAGCUGUGCUACCUUCCAAGUUUACCGCCCAAUCGUUUAGCCAAUAGACAUUAUAAUAUUUUAACCAUCCCUAGAGUAGCGUACAACGAUAGGUACGUGCAAGUUCGCACAAUCAAAUCAUACUAGUUUUGAUAUUUUUUUUAAAACUCAAAACCGUCUAGGUCCAGGACCGCGAUAUUAUGAUUUGCUGUUUAAAUUACAAUAUAUUACCGCGUCGAGGCGAGCGUUUUAACGCCCCCAUAUAUUAUGCCGAAAUAAUAAUACUAUUCUAGCUGUCUGUAAGUGCAAAUAUAAUAAAUAUAGAGCUUCGUCGCAAAACGCUGGCCGCCCCUUUUUAAAAAAAAAAAAGUAUAUAUUAAAUUACGCGUGAAAAUAUGGCACCAACCACAGGAUGUAGAACGCCAACAUGCAGGCCACUGUUAUAAAACAGCCUCCGGUAUUUUUUACUUUUUGUGAAUAACCGCUAUACAAAAAAUACCGUCGUCAUUGUUAGGCGUUCUGCAUUAUUCAUAUUUUUUUUUUUAUGUCGUACUCUUCAAAUAUUAUGUGACAUCUUCAUUAAAAAGAAAAAAAAAAUACAACCAAAAUUCAGCAAUUAAAGUAGGUCAACCGGUCAUACACCAUAUGAACAGUACGGUUUUCAAUUCAUUUGAAACGCGGUUUGUUAACGUUGUGUAGAUUAAUAUGUGAAAAAUAUAAAUUAUUUGGUUUUAACGAAAUGCAACUAUUGAAAACCAACAACUAUAAGAUAGGAUUAUUUUACUUGAACCUUAAUUGGAUUUUGUUGAAUUGAACCGUUACAACGGUUAGUUCGAAACGUCAACAGUUAUUAUUCUUUGUUUAGCAUACAAAGAUAAAAUAUAAAAAGCCGAAGUAAAUAAAACCUAAAGCCCAUCUAUUAUUAAAAUUCUUAUUCUUAAAAGUCAAUCUCUAAAAAAUAUUAAAAGUUGGAUAACUUCAAUAUAAUAUGUAUAUAAAUAAGUUAAUGUGUAAAACGUAAUAUGCAUGUUAUGUACACUUUUUUUUACUUUUGUGUAAAAUGUACAUGUUUACAAACAAACGUGUAAUACUCUGUAUUUGUAAUCAGCUGUCGACCAAUAAAUAGUUAGCAAUAUGUUCCUUCGUUCUUGUAAAAUUUAAAAACAUCUCAAAGCAGACUACAUUAAGCUUACGAAAUUAUAAUUCUAGUACUUCAAUACAUUUUACCUACAUUAUUUUACUUAUUAUAACAGUUAUGAAUUGUAGUUGUAAGUUGUAUUUAUAUAUAUAAUAUUACCAGGUGAUGUUGUCAUUGAGUGGUCAACAUAAUAAACACUUAAUGUCACUUCGAAUAUAAUAUCAUUGAGUAUAUAUUGACAAUAUAUACUCAAUGAUAAUAUUAAUUGUAUUAUAGUAUUAACUUGUACGUUUUUCCACAUACAACUGUUAUCAUCAUUCUGGCAGAAUAAGAACACCGGUUGUCCUUACUUGGUGUUAUUAUUAUUAUAAUAUUUACUAUGUAAAUUUUAAGCGAAAGUUUUGUUUUUUAAUUUUUUUUUUUUUUUGUUUGACCGCAAGUGAUAAAACGGUCUUGUAUAUAUAUCUGUAUUAUUACAAUAUAAUAAAAAGUGUUAAACAAAUAUUUUAGAGUACAUUUACGAUGUCAUCUGUGCAGUGUUAUUGUUGCCAAAUGUUCACUGAAGAGGAAAAGUAAUAAAUUUGUAAUUUUCGCAAUGGGUUUCUACGGUUUUUCUCUAUAUUUUGCUCUAAAAUUAAAUAAAUGGUUGUUCCAACUAAAAUAAAUACGACGUUUCUAUU